UAUUCAAAAUUGAAUUGAUGUAUACUCGUCGACCAACAGUACUAAAGUGAUAGAUGGUAUUACUCACUGAGCAUUCAUAAAUUAGUGACUUCGCUUUACUGCCGUGCAUAUGAAUUUCUGAGUCAACACUAGGCAACAUAGCUAUUGGGUUCUGUGUAGUAGAGUAAACAAUCCUAUCUUAUUAAAAGAUAAUAGUAGGAAUGCCAGUGCAGUUGGAUUUUUUGACGGUACGCUUAGCUACUGCCAUGGAUUAGGCAUCUUCGUUACUAUUUUAAGAUCUUUUAUAACCACAUAUAUGUACGAAAAGUAAGGUUAUCUUUUUAUGUACGGUUUAUGCCUUAGCCACUACAGUUUAAUUCAAGCAGGUAUUUUGUGAUGCAGUUAUGCUAAUAUAGGACACAUAAUAAGAGAAAAAUGUUUAGCUCGUCGUUUUGGGAGAGUGACUUUGUGUCCCAAACUGGAUUUGAUACUUUAGUUGCUCGCAUGAAGGAAGGCCGACAAACGUGCCGUGACGUUGAAGACUUUAUAAAGCAGCGUGCAAAAGCCGAAGAGGAAUAUGCCAAAGCAUUACUGAAAAUUGCCAAAGUGGAACGCGGCAAUGAUGAAACAGGUACUAUGAAAAAUUCACUCAAAACUUUACAACGUGAAGCAGAAGCUGAAGCGAGUAUUCAUCUUAAUCACUCACAGGCCUUGCAGGACCAAGUCAAAAAAUUAGAGGAGUUCCGUGAAAAGCAAAGAGAAGAACGCAAACGACAUGAAGACGCCAUGCACAAAGCACAUAAAUUGAAGGCGGAAGCGUAUAGAAGAAUGCAAGUUUGCAAAGGUGUUUACGAGAGCAAAUUCAAAUCUGCUGAAAAAGCUGAAUCCGAUUUAGAACGAAUAAAAUUCGGUAACAAGCCGAAGGAAAUUGAUAAAGCCAAGAAAACUGCUCAACAAAGUAAACAGGCUUCAGUCAAAGCUAAUGAAGAAUAUCAUUCUACUGUGACACAGCUGGAAAUAAUACGACAAUCUUGGGAACUAGACCAUCGAACAGCCUGUGAUAUUUUCCAAAGACUUGAAGAAGAAAGGCUGCAAUGCUUACGCAACGAGUUGUGGGUGUUUGCGAACCUAGGAUCAGAUUUAUUUGUCAAAUCAGAUGAUAUUAGUGAAAAUAUUCGCUUGUCUCUAGAAAAUUGCGAUAUUGAUAGCGACAUAUGUGAUUUUGUGUCACGAAAAUCUACCGGAACGCAACCUUUGACCCCCAUCGUCUAUCAGGCUUGUGGUGGCUCUACUAACGGUAACGUAACGCGACAAGCUCCAAAUUUCGACAACCGAGACAGUGAAUACAGUCUCGCAUCAUACGCUUCCAUAAAUACAAGUUCUCCCGCCGGUUCGGGGAACAAAAUGUUCGUUGCUCUGUUUGAAUACGCUCCCCGAAUAAGUAAUGAAAUUGAACUAAUCGUAGGCGACAAACUUAUUUGUAUUGAAGAGGGCAACGAUGGAUGGAUACAAGGUAGGAAUAUACGAACAGGAGAAAGCGGACUCUUUCCGGCAUCUUACGUCAAAGCCGAGUGACAUCAAUAGUGCAGGCCUCGUAAAGAUAAAUAAAUCAGUAUACAUUUAACUCCAUCAAAAGAACCUGUAAUGAUGCUGUCCAUGCACUUUAUUUCCAACACUCUUGAAAGAAUGAAAAUAAUUUCAGUAAAGCAAAAUAAUAACAAAAUGAGGUAAUCAUGUCAUGAAAACAAAAAAUAAAAAAGCCCAUUUUAGGGCAACAGUACUCGCAAGUGACAAAUAUUUUUUAUUGUCCGAUAUAAAACUUGUAUUGAUGAGGAUGGAACUGAAUGUAAUAUACACUAUGCAAUAAUUUGUCGUGAGUUUUGUAGGAAUCGCUGUUCCAAUUUUAAUCAUUAAAUCACUGUUGCCAGUUAAGUGCCAUAUAUCAGACAAUAGGCUCAUAUAUUGGAUUGGACUUGUAUUUAAUGUUAAAGAUGAAUAUGGCAACCUUAAUAUUAUUAAUUUGUUCUAUCAAUGGAGUCUGUUUCGUUAUAUACAGUGUUUUGUAUUUCGCUAUAUAUUACUUACUUAAAAUUUAUUCGGAUAAUAAUUUCUUUUUUUUACUUUGCAAUUACAGUGGAAGGCAAUU